CCCAACAGCAGAAUGUGUGGGUGGAUCCAGAGACUCAAACCUCUACUGGAUGCCUACACUGGUCCCUACAAGAACAAGUACCACUUCUGGACUGGGUUCCUACUCCUUGUGAGAUUUGCUCUCUUCACUUCCUUUGCAGCAAAUUUUGAAAACAAUCCUAUACUGAACUUUACGCUGAUCAUAACUGUCUCCAGCAUUCUCAUGAUAGGAAUUCAGAAAGGUAUAUACCAGAAGAAAGUUAUUGGUUUGCUUGAGAGUUCAGUGUAUUUAAACCUAAUCCUCUUCUCAGCAUUCACAAUUCUGUCAAUGAAGUCAGAUCCAACACAGAAAACUCUUGUCGUGUGUGUGUUUGGUGGGUGGGCUUUCCUGACACUAGUGGGCAUCAUCCUCUAUCAUGGCUACAAGAACUGGCUUAAAGACUCUCUUCUAUUGGGCCACUUGCAAGUGUGGUUCUAUGCAAGGUUGAGGGACAGUGGUGAUCCUAGCAGAGCAGUCAUACGACCACUGAUCAUCGGGAGAGAUGGAAAUGAUGUGUCACAGGAAAGUGAUAGUGAGUUCGAGUCUGGAGAGGAACUUAGUGACCAAGUCACUCCACAGCUUCGGGAGUCC